AUGGAUAAGAACACCAGGAAUUUGCUGACAGGAGGUAAGAACAGCAAAAUAUCCUCCUAUGGUAAUCAGAGCUUGGAGUAUGAUAAUCCAUAUGACUCUAAACUAUAUAACCCAAAAGCAAAUAGAGCUAAGAAAAGGCAUGAGAAUACAAUCUCUCCAAACAAGAUGAGCAAAUCUGUUAAUUUAUCACAAGAGCCUAAGAAUAAAAGUAGAUUGAUAGUUCGAGAUAGCAGCUAUGAUUAUCUUAAAUCUGGCAAAAGACGAAGAAUUGCUUUAACUUCAUACCCAAAACAAACCAAUCGUGUAAUAAUGAGAAUGCGUGAAGAUCUUAACCCUGAAAAUGUCAUGAAUGGAAUUGAAAAAAUUGACCUCGAAAUUCAUAAACUAGAAGAGAACAUUCCACCUGAUGCCUCAGAAGAUGAAGAGGCAAUCUUAAUGUUAGAAGCCAAUAAGGAACUCCGAGAGAGGGUUGAAGAAAUAGGCAUGCUUGUCAAAACUUCCCUUGCUAAAGUUAAUAAAUCAAAAACAGUAAAGAAAGCCCCUAAAGAGACAAAAGAAGAAGAUCCUGAACUUAAAAGCAGGAAAGAAACUCGUGAUAAGAUCCAUAAGGAGAUUCGCAAGGCAAACAACAAGAUUUAUCGACUCAGGAAGCAAAUAAGCUCAAGAGUCAGAGACCCUAGAGAGGACAAGCUUGAGGACAAUCUCAGAACUUUAAAUUCUGAUAUCGAGACUCUUCAAGAUGAGCUAAAAAUACAGAAAUAAGCAGACUAAAAGACAAACUCAUACAUUAUCAAAGGAGCAUGAUGCUGCUUUCAAAAUAGGCCUGAAUUAUGACUAUGACCAGAGAAUUCAGGACAUCAAGGAAGAAAUGGCAGAGACAAAACAGCAAGUCAGGACUAGAGAAAAAGAGCUCAAAGAGUUGGAAUUAAAACACCAGCACAAGACUCUGGAGUUCCUUAAAGUUCAGAAGGAAUUCAGAAAAGUUCAUGAGAAUUCUGUCUUGCUCAAGCACAAUAGGCCAACAGUGGAACUUCAAAAGAAGAAGUCUAAGAAAGAUGAGGAGAAAUAUAGGCUUAAAAAGCAGAAGGAUGUUGAGAGACAAUAUAAGAAUGAGGUAACUUUACAUAGUGACCUCAUGAAACGAUUUGAUAAGUUCAUUUCUGGCAAACAGUCCCAAAUCGAACAGAUCAAAGCCAAAACUGUUAAAAUAACCGAUCAAAAUCAGAAAUUGGGAAAUCAGAUGAAAGAAUUGAAAGAAAUGGCUAAGAAGUUAAAAUAAUUCCUUAUUUCCAUUAAAGGGCAA